AUGGGUAGUAAGAGACCUGAAAUUUGUGAAACUAACGUCGAGGCCGGGAUGUCUUCUCUUGCGAUUGUCAGCACUAAUCCCCAAGAGGAUGUUGUUCCCAUUGAAGCACCGAUCGUGUCUUCUUACAAUGAUCGGAUCAGGCCGUUGCUUGACACUGUCGACAAGCUGAGGAACUUGAACCUUUGCGGUUAA